AUGAAACCAGAAAUUUUAGUAAUGAAAAUAAUAGAAGCUGUUGAAACAGAUUCCCCAACUGUAAUAACUUUCAAUGGUAAAAAAAUCAACAUAACUAAAAAACUUAUUGAUAAAUACAAAUAUUGUAAAGUCAGAGAUGAUAUAGACUUAGAAAGAAUUGACACAAAUGUAAAAAAAGGUGGAUUUAUAUUUUCCCUACCUUUAAUAUUUGCUGGUCUUACUGCGGUGGGUGCAAUAGCUGGUGGUGCAGCUGCUGGAGUACGUACUGCCAACGAAGAUAAAGCAGCUAAAGUAACAGCUGCCGAAGAACGCGGUAGUUCCGGUUCUGGGAAAACUCAUCUCACUUUUAACAUGUUGACAACACCAAACCUUUUAGAUUUCGAAUCACUAUAUAUCUACACAACAAUACCAGAGCAAUCGUAUUAUCAAUUCCUCAAAGCUUUAGAAUAUUUACCAAAGAAGGAUGUUCAAGAAGUGGAAAUAAAAGAUAUCAUAGAUAACUACAUCGAAGCAAAGAAUCCAACGGAUAUAAAAGUUUUUCUUACGAAAAAUGUUAAUGACCUAGACUUGUCUAAUAUUGAUAGCAAUCGAAAGAACUUAAUAUUAUUUGACAACUGCGUAGCGCAAAGAAAUCAAGCUGUUCAACAAGAAUUCUUCACGAAAGGAAGACAUCACAACUGUCACUGCAUAUACCAAUCCCAAUCUUUUUAUGGGAUGGAUUCUAUGCUCAUUAGAAAAAAUGCAAAUUGUUUUUUAUUUUGA